AUGGUUCCCGUUCCCAUUGAUUCGAGGAUCGUUGAUGUCGCUGAGCCUCGAAAGGACAGUCUCGCUUUGCCGGCACCGGCACGAGAACGUCUGGAGAAGGCCGGAAUUGACCUCAGCCAGGGCUAUCCCUAUCGGCCGUCACGCCCUCUCUAUCGCGACGACGUUUACAAAGUCCGAGAUUAUGACCGUCCGCAUGUGGACCCAGGGACCCGUGCAGACCCUGAGAAGAAGGCGCUGCUAUCCGCGGCCACAGAAGUGAACCAUCUCACCAGACAUAUUGGAACUGAGAUUGUUGGCUUGCAGCUCAAAGACCUCAGCGACAAGCAGAAGGAUGAGCUGGGCUUGCUGAUUGCAGAACGAAGCGUGGUCUUCUUCCGAGACCAAGAUCUUUCUCCGCAGCAGCAGAAGAAGCUUGGAGAGUGGUACGGAGAGAUUGAGGUUCACCCCCAAGUACCUCAGGUCCCCGGAGUACCUGGUGUGACCGUGAUCUGGCCAGAUCUGGCUGCAACAGAGCGAAGCCCCAACUUCCGUCACCCUGGUGGGAACUCUCACUGGCAUACCGAUCUCGUUCAUGAGCGACAGCCCGCUGGAGUGACACACUUGCAUAACGACACUGUGCCCACCAUAGGUGGCGAUACUCUGUGGGCCAGUGGAUAUGCCGCAUACGAGAAGCUCUCACCUGCGUUCCGUAAAUUUAUAGAUGGCAAGACCGCAAUUUACCGAUCAGCGCAUCCUUAUCUGGAUCGCAAGAAUCCAGAGGCUGGGCCCAAAUACAUAGAGCGUGAACACUUCAUGGUUCGCGUGCAUCCGGCGACGGGGUGGAAGGCACUCUGGGUGAAUCGGGCCAUGACCGAUAGAAUUGUUGGUCUUGACAAGGCUGAAAGUGAUGUGAUACUCGGAUAUCUGUGUGAUGUUUAUGAAAAGAACCCCGAUAUCCAGGUUCGGCUCAAGUGGAGACCCCGGACUAGUGCACUAUGGGAUAACAGAAUUACCAUCCAUAACGCGAGCUGGGACUACGAAGGAUCGCAGCCGCGGCAUGGGACGCGGGUGACUGCAUUGGCGGAGAAGCCAAUUUUUGACCCGAAGGCGCCCACCCGGCGUGAGAAGCUGGGGCUUUUGGGACCGGAUGAAAUCCAGGAACUGGAAGCGGCGGGCACCUUGCAACAUGCGCAAAGCUAG